UGUAUUUGGAGAUUUUAUUGGAGAUUUAUGAUAUCGGAGAUUUUAUAAUUUGAUCUUCAGAUUUUGAUGGUAUCAGAUGUGAUAUGAUAAGUUCCGAGCCUUGUGCACUUGUGGGACUCGUCUCACGAAUGCACGGCGUCUGUCGCGUCUCGAAAUUGGGUUUUGGGGCGUGACAGAUUUAGUGGUAUCAGAGCUUGGUUUAAAUUAAGAGCUUAGGUUGAAAUUAAGAGUUUAAGAUUAAAUUAAGCACCUCCAGAUUGAGUGGCAUUAGAGUAGAUUGAGUGAUAUCGAGCCUAGGUUUAAUUGAAUACUUAGGAUUUGUUUUGGACUUGGCUAGCCAGUGGAUUUUAGACCCGUGGUGAGACGAGUGAUGGGGUUAUAUAAGGGACGAUUCUAAUUCAUAUUGCCUGAAUUUUCUCAUCCAUUUCGAUGAGAUAGCCUUGUUUUGAAACUUGGUCAUUUUCUGAUAGUUUGCACUUGUUUAGACUUGUUACGUGAAUAGAAUUUUUGUAUGCUCUUUUGCCACAAUGUUGAAAUCUGGGGAGUUGUAGAGAUCUUUUGUUAUUGACUCUGUUGGUCUCUACCACAUAGCUGGUUGAGAAAUUUGUUCUGUUUGUCGCAUGACCAGUGGAGGAUGGGUAAACCCUCUACUUUGCAAUAGAUUCAAAGCUAUUUUAGCCAAUGUUGUGUGUUUUUCUAGAUGCGUUUUAAGAGCUGGAUAACUUGGUAAUUUCGUUGCUCAUGAUCUUUCUGAAAGUCUUAUAGUGAAAUUUCACUUUUUCCAUUUGGAGCUUCGUGGUCUUUUCAUGUGGCUCAUUUUUCUGUAUUGGUUAAUCAAGAGCAGUGAUUAUUCAAUUGAAAUUGUUGUCUUUUGUGAAGAUUGGCAAGUUGUCAUAAAGUUAAACUCCUUUGUUGCCAAUCUCUACAUUCUUGAUAUCUGGAAAUUGCUUGAAACUCUUGAAAUCCGUCUUGAAUCUUUCUUGAGAUUGCUUUGUACUUGUUCUUGAAACUGAAAUCCGGAAAUGGAUAAUGAUUAUUGAAAUCCUCAUUAUCUUGAUACUUGUCUAAAAUUGAUUCUUACACUGUUCUUGGAAUCUAGUUUGAAUUGUCCUUGGAAACCAUUCUUGUCUUGACCCUGCUCUUGUUCAAAUUCUGUAUACUGCUCUUGUGCAAACCUUGCAUAUUCUGCUUGUUCUUGUUUCAGUAUACCUGUUGAUCUUUUUGAUCUUCUUGAUCUUCUUGAUUCUUGGUUUUUGUUCAUAUGGACACCUCUUUAGGAGGGGUGAUGAUUAUCAGAAGAUACCUAUAUGAGGCAUCCUAAUUCCUGUCUCUUGCAAGUGUUAGUCUCUGUAUUCUUGAUGUCUUAGCUUGACUUGACUCUGGAAUGUCUAGGCUAAGCAGAUUGUAGUCUCCAUGAGCUACGAGGUAAAGGGGUAGUCCUUGAAGUACUUGAUACCCUAGAGUUUUGUUCCAAGUGAAAUGGUUCUUUGAUCUGGCUGCUUGGAUUUUUGUUUGCCCUUUUAAUUGGAAGACAUGAAUCUUCUAAGCAUCUUGAUCCCAGUCAUUGCUUUGUUCUGUUAAUUAUUUCUAGUACUUGAGGUGCUAGAUCUUGAUAUCUUGGUUAUAUCUGCUCUUGAAUUCUUGUUCUCAGUGUCAUUAUUGAAAUCUCUUUUGUGGGCUUAAUCCUUGAAUUCUA